GUUCUUACAGAGAAAACACAUUUUCGAAAAUUAAAAAAAUUAACUUUUCCCAAUGCUUGAUGUUUUCUCCAGUAAAUCAGUAAAUUAAUUACUUUGGAAGGGUAUGGUAGACGGGAUAAAUUCACAAUGGAGAAUGGAUCUACCCAUGGUACAGAAUCUUUAGAAGGAUCAAGGCUACCAACAUACACCCGCAUCAUAAAUAAAGGCCCAUUACCCUAUUACUACCUUGAUGUCUCUUAUGACAUUCAGAAUGGAGGUGUGACUUUACCUGCUGGCAGAUUUAAGACAGUCAUCCUACAAGCCUUGAAGAAUAUCUUUGGAACUGCAGGUGGAAGUUUACAAACACUGGAUCUGUUGAAAUAUGAUGUUGAAGCAAGGAGGGGAAUUGUUAGAGUCAAAUACAGUGACAUGGUGAAGGUGUGGAGUUCCCUGUCAUUCUACACUGAUACCAUAGAUAUCAAUGGUACUAGAGGUGUCUUCAGAAUACACCAGGUCUCGUCCCAUCUGAUGUCAUUUGCAGUGAUUGGUGUUUUAUUAGGAGGUUGGUGUUUGUCAUUCAGUGAUUGGUGCUUCAUAAGGCGGUUGGUGUUUGUCAUUCAGUGA